UAGAAGGUGAUUUGUAAAAGGUAACGGCUAGUUCUGCGAUCGAAAAAUCUAACGGCUCUGAUCCCUCGACCGUUUAGAAAUAUAGCCGUUACCAACAUUUUCUCUGCCUCCAAUCUUAUAUAAAUCCUUGAAAUCGUUUCCUUCUAUUCACUUCAGCUUGUCUUGUCUUUUGAGCGUACUAAAAGCUUCCAUUUCCAUGUCUUUCAACAAACCAUCUUCAAUGCCUUCAAACCCCAAUCCAUGAAGUUCCGAAAUCAGUAACCCCAUGAGAAGGAGUUUCACUGGAAACCCCUUCAACAAACCUUCAAUUGUCCCAAUUCAUGGAGCCAAAACUCCCGCCAACAGCCCUUUAGAUUUUUCUAGAAGAGGAUCUGUUGGGGUUCGUGAAAGUGGAGGGUCACUGAGGGACUCCUUGGAUAACAAAGAAAAUGGGAAAGAUCAAUCUUUGAAACCGGUGAAGGUUCGAUCGCCAGCUGUUUGCUCAAAGGGUUCAAAGAAUUUCAUGUCUCCAACCAUUUCUGCUUCCUGCAAGAUCAAUGAGUCUCUCCGAAAGGGAGUCCUAACUGAGCGGAACGAAGUAGUUCCAAGUCCUGUGGACCCGAAAAGCCACGUUCGUAAGCUACCGUGGUUUCCCCCUCUUGGUGUAGAUCCCUUGAUACCUCCUUAUGACCCUAAAACCAACUACCUCUCCCCCAGGAGUCGGAUGUUUCUCCGAAUCGAUUUGGUUUCUUCUGUCAUGCAGCUCUUGAAUAUUUAUUUCAAGAUGGAUUUCAUCCGGUGGCCAUGGAAAUAUUACAGGUAUGUGGAACAUAGAUUUCAUUUAAUGGGAACUUGACGGGAAUAUAAACAAAAUACCCACCCUAUUCUCCCCAUGUAAUUUAAAAUAAGAAUCACUACAAAGAUGAGAUUUGUAGCAAAUCUUGUGUUAAAUAAGUCCUGACAUGGAUGGAUAAGAAAGAACUGCUAU